CGCGGCGGAAAGGGGUCUGGCUACGCGAGACUAGGUCGAUUCUUACGUAGCUACCUGGAUUAAUGAGCAUACGGGUACUCGGAAAGAUCACGUGUUUGCGUAGGUGGAUUUGUGUAGCUAUCUAGAUUUUGUAUAAUGGAUCUGAUGGGAGAAUCAGAGACACAUGGCGACCGCAGAAGAGAAACAAAAGAAAAGAAGAGAAAAAAGAAAAAAAGAAACGAGAAAUCAAAGCAGCACGCAGACCACAAUCCUUCAUCAACAGACCACUUUCCUUCAUCAACAGACAAGCUGAUGGAACUGCUCAAAAUGAAAGAACCAAUAUUUCUCUUUGCUAUUGUUAUCUUCUUCUCCCUGUUUCGUUCUCUUGGAGUCAACAUCAUUGAUGCUGUGUCUUCGCCAGAGGUUUCCGAAUUUUUGGGAAAUAAAAAAAAUAUUUUGAACAGAAUCAUUGUGACUGGUGGAUGGGCAUGGACACUGGCAUUUGUUUCGAUUAACGCUUUUGUGAUGGUGAUCCUGUCCCGUCAAGGUCGAUGGCGACAGCUUGUCGAUGCCUUCGUCCGGCUUUUCGUUGCUACUGCAGUGUGGUGGAUAUUGACGUCACUGUUUGAGUACAUCGAGUUUUUGACGGGUUCGUGCUCUGAUGAGAGUGUUGGAGAGGUCAUUGCGUGUAAACGAGGAGGCCUGCAGUGGAUCGGGUUUGAUAUUUCGGGCCACACGUUCCUUCUCAUGUUCUGCGUGUUGGUCGUGAGAAUGGAGCAACUAAACCACUUUCACUCUUUGUCUCUCGGUUGUCAGUUGUGGCAAGUGUUUCUCGUUUCCAUCAUGUCGUACCUGUCGUUUGUCCUGUUGGUCGUCUACACUUUCAUGCUUGUAGUGACAUCAUCGUACUUUCACGUAUUCUGGCACAAAGCAUUCGGUGCUAUGUUUGCAUGGCUUGGAUGGCUAUUUGUGUACCUACUAGCGAACAGACUACGUUAUCUAACUGCAAACAUUGCUUAUAUACGGGACCUUUGAGUCCCAAGAUAGCAUCUGAGGCACAUAUAAAAGGCAACAUGACUAACAUGACAGUCUAAAGAGGUGAAGAAUGACUCAGAGUUUUAGUUGGCUAGCUAGGCGAACUACAGACCGCACGUUUGACUUGAAUGUUGAAGCAGUAGUCGACGCCAGGCGGCCAGUUUGGUCUAACUUUUUCUUCUACUCUCGCCGUACGCGCGCUCUACUUUCUGCCUUC